CUUUUUGCCUACUUUUCAUAUCAUAUAAAUUACUAGUUUUAUUUCCAGAGAGGUUCCCAAGAAAGUCAUAUAUCUGCAGACACCAUAGCUAUAUGUCUGAGUGAUAUUGGACAACGGCAGCUAUUCACGAAGACGGGAUACUAUAGGUCAACACUGGUAGCCAUCAAGCCAAUAUGUAAGACUGGGCGUAUAGAAAUAACAAAACCACUUCUUAUGGAAUUUAAAAAGAUCCGCGAUAUACAGAGUGACCAUAUAGUCCGCUUCAUAGGGGCGUGUAUAGACACGCCAAAUCAGUGUAUUCUGUCGGAAUAUGCUCAAAAGGGAAGCUUAGAGGAUGUUUUAGAAAAUGAACAAAUCAAACUUGAUUGGAUGUUCCGCUAUUCACUGAUGCAGGAUAUUGUCAGGGGCAUGGCGUAUUUGCAUUCAAGUGACAUGAAGUCGCAUGGCAAUUUAAAAACCUCAAACUGUGUCGUAGAUAGUAGGUUUGUCUUAAAAAUUACAGACUUUGGUCUCCAUUCACUCAGAAGUGUCCAAUCUCAUGACGAGGAUGUCGAAUCAUACCAAUAUUACGCUAAGAAAUUGUGGACGGCUCCUGAAUUGAGUCGGAUGCAGAACAGGCCGCCAGAAGGCACACCGAAGGGAGAUGUCUAUAGUUUUGCUGUGAUAUGCCAGGAGGUUGUGUAUAGACAGGGACCAUUUUGGGUGGAAAACAUGGAACUGGGUCCCGAUGAAAUCUACAAAAGGAUACAGAGUGGAAGCAAACCAUAUUUCCGUCCCACAAUGGAAGACUACGAAUGCAGUGAUGAUCUGGCCAAUCUGAUAAAACGAUGCUGGUCGGAAGAUCCGAUUGAACGACCAGACUUCCAACAACUGAAAACAAUUAUAAGAAAAAUUAAUAAAGCUGGAGAUAGUGGAAAUAUAUUAGACAACCUUCUAUCUCGUAUGGAACAAUAUGCCAACAACCUCGAGUCUCUUGUGGAGGAGCGAACGGCAGAUUACUUAGAAGAAAAGAAAAAAGCAGAGAACCUUCUUUACAUGAUGCUUCCAAGGGCGGUUGCCGCCUCACUUAUAAGAGGCGACCCAGUGCAACCUGAAAAGUUUGAUAGUGUUACCAUUUACUUCAGUGAUAUUGUUGGAUUCACAAAAAUGUCUUCUACCAGUACUCCUAUGGAGGUGGUUCAGUUCUUAAACGAUCUCUACACUUUAUUCGAUUCCAUAAUAGAAAACUACGACGUUUACAAGGUUGAGACAAUUGGGGACGCUUACAUGGUUGUGUCGGGAUUACCGAUUAGGAACGAAAAUAGACAUGCUGCAGAAAUAGCACGGAUGUCAAUCGCCUUACUUAAUGCAGUUAAAACGUUCAGAAUUCGACAUAAACCAGAUGAGCAGCUCAAAUUGAGAAUAGGAAUGCACACAGGGUCGUGUGUGACAGGUGUAGUAGGCCUCAAAAUGCCACGGUACUGCCUCUUUGGGGAUACGGUAAAUACAGCUAGUAGGAUGGAAUCUAAUGGAGUCGCUAUGAGAAUUCAUGUGAGCCCGUUCACUGAGGUGCUUCUAAGGGAGUUCAAUACUUUUGACCUAGAGUUAAGAGGGGAGGUAGAAAUGAAGGGUAAGGGGAAGGUAACUACAUAUUGGUUGAAUGGAGAACUAGAGGUAGAUGAAAAUACAAACACAAAGGAUAAACAAUAUACCAAAACAAACAUUAUAGGAAACAAUACAAAUAGUAACAGUUCACAUUCGUUAAAUCUUAAAACAGAACUGCAUAAUAGUAAAAACAAUUUAAUGGAAAAUCAGAACCAUAUAAACUUGAAAAAUACGUAUAUAUGAUACGUGUUUAGCACGUGGUAUAUAUCAUGUAAUUAAAUUCAUGUGGAAAUGCUCACGCCCUUGGUCGAUAGAUGGCGUGCUUAUGCCAAAGGACAGUGUAGUGUGAUUUCAUUAAAAUAAUGUUAUUCGCCUCACAGUAUAACGAUUUUUACUGUGAUAUAUGUGUGUUAGAUGACAAUACCUCCCCCAAGUAGGCACUGCACAAUUCGGAAGUGCGCGGUAUAGGAUAACACAUGGUCAGAUAAGACUUUAUCUACGUAUUGAAGGAACUCCAUUACUGUCAAGGACAUAGAACAAUUGGAAAUCAACUGAGUCGAUAUCUGCCACAAUUAAACCAUGAAACGUCCAGUCAUCGGCCGAACAGUCGGGACGAUAUGAAUACUACCUUAAAGCCAUUAAUGACUUAUACAGUAUCUGUUCCAGAUAACAAAUUGGAAUACACGGCAAAUAUAAUUUUCUGGACCAUUGAGAACUUUGAACGAAGUCAAUGGUGGUUUCCAGACGUUGUAUUAUACAUACUUGUACAUUUAUAACUUAGAACUAUAGUGACAUGAAAAGGAUUAUUACAACCAGCAAUUGGUGGAGAAUAAAUAAGCAUUAAAAGGUAUUUUAGUUUGAGUGAUAAAAUAGCAUUAUUAAAGAGUUAUAUAAGGACAUAUGUGUACAAAAUGUGUGAACAUUUACUUGCUUACAAAAGUCAGUAGUCAAUAAAAAAGUUGCAUGGUCCUUUAUCAACUAUAACAUUUUCCAUUAUUUGUAUCAUUAAACUGCAUUCUCGGUAUAUUGGGUAACUAUUUUAAAUAUCUAGUGGAAAUCCUAAGAAUUGACGAGAAUGUAAAAUGGUAAGAGAAUAUUAAAAC